GGAUCCAACCCUACCAAAUCCAUUAUUAUUUGACUUUAUUGCAGGUAUCUACAAGCACCGCUGGAGUUGCAUUUGAGCAUUUCGCCCGCCACAGAUCUGUCAUUGUGAAUCUUUUGUGGGUCACCUGCAGAGGAACAUGAACUGGAACCUCGUGAUUCAAGUUGUGACCACUGUAAUUUUGAAACUGAUAGCAUCAUGUCUAUUUAUGGUGUAUUUUCCACAGAUUUUCUAUACACCCGUUCUAAAAGAAGAACCCAAUGCUGUCGAGAAAGACUGCCCUGUCAGUUGGCGACUCUUCGAGGGCAAAUGCUACUUUUUUGCUGCCACGUUACAAACAUGGGAAUUGUGCCAGGAGACCUGCGCUAAGUUCAGUUCUCAGCUCGCAAUUGUCAACAGCAAAGAAGAAUUGGUGUUCCUGAAGAGCAGAACCCAGUUUGAACGGCAUUUUAUCGGCUUAACUCAGAGAAAUGGAAGAUGGACAUGGAUUGAUGGUACAGAGUUUGACCAUAGCAUUUUCUCUCCGUUCUGCCCCACACAUGGUGAGAACUUAGCUCUGGAGGUUCCUUGGGAAUGCUCCUGGGAUUGGCUGAAGGACAAGCACUACUGGUUUGUUGAGGUGGACUCUGCAGUUUCACAACUCUGCUGA